AUGACCGAGGAAAACCCCUCAAACUCAGUCGAGCCUCCGUGCAGUCCAGCGGGUAGUGACACCUCCUCGUCCCGUCCCGCGUCAGACCAGGACACCGUCAUCUCUCCGGGCUCUCCACGCGUCAUUACGCACGGAGAGGACAGCCGUUUCCCCGCGUGUAUCCAAGACGCCGUGUCCCAGGUGCUGCGGGGGUACGACUGGUCUCUGGUGCCUGUGACCGGUCAGGGGGACAGGGGGCUGAGGGGCAAGCCGCACGUGAAGAGGCCGAUGAACGCCUUCAUGGUGUGGGCUCAGGCCGCGCGGAGGAAACUAGCGGACCAGUAUCCACACCUGCACAACGCCGAGCUCAGCAAGACUCUGGGCAAACUCUGGAGACUUUUAUCUGACCCGGAGAAGCGGCCGUUCAUUGAGGAAGCAGAGAGGCUGAGGACACAGCACAAGAGGGACCACCCGGACUACAAGUACCAGCCCCGCCGACGGAAGGGGUCCAAGCCCGGAGCGGGGGACUACACCCAGACAGAGGGUCAGCAGCAUAGUGCCUUUACUUCAGAACCACUCUCCAGACUGGACCAGACUGUGGAGGUGCAGCUGUACUCUGCAAAUGGGACAGAUCAGCCCCACGGACCGCCCACUCCGCCCACCACCCCUAACACCGACCUCCACAUGGGUGCUAAAAAUGACACUCAGUCCCACCCUGUUCUUCCUGCACCUCCCCCCACCAACAGCACCCGUCACAACAUCGACUUCAGUCACGUGGACAUCGCAGAACUGGGCGCCAUGGAAACCUUUGACGUGCACGAAUUCGAUCAAUACUUACCCCCGACCGACCCGGGACACACUCACAUCAGCGGACCAAUAACACCUGUUCAAAAAUCUAUCUCCAACGACGAUGCUAGCCCCAAACCAAUCAAAACAGAGCAGCUGAGUCCUGGCCACGCCCCCCACUGCUCAUCCCCACCCCCUCCCGAGUACACCUGCCUGACGUCCAGCCAAUCAGAGUACACUGAUCUGCAGAGCCCCACCCUCUACAGCAGUUUCUCCGCUUACUCGGCAGGUUUGUAUCAGUACCCGUACUUCCACUCUCCGCACAGAGCGUUUGGACUUGCCUUAGCCCCACCCCCUCACAGCCCCACCUCAGCUUGGGAUACACCCAUUUUUACCACGCUCACAAGGCCAUAG